AUGGGCACCGACGCGGAGCCCCCGGCCGGCCCGCAUCUUCUCUCGCUGGCGGAUGUGGGCGCGCUCGGCUUCGACUGCGCGCUCAAGCCAGUAUCGGCGCCUAUGACGGGAGGCGCGCCGGCCGACCUUAACACGCCCGUCACCACGUCGGAUCUACCCGCUUUCUUUCCAAGUCUGCUCGAGCCUCCGCCUAUAUCAGGUACUUUGCCAGGCGAUGAAUUGCCGCUGACUUGUUCACCGCGACGUCAUAAACAUGAAGCAUCAUUGUCCCCUGGCGCUCGUGCAGAGGACGCCAGCAAUGCGUCCAGUGCAAGUGCGUCACUGUACGCACCUCAAAUGGGCGGCAAACGUGCGCCCUCACCAGCGCUACAGUGGCUUCUCCCUUCGGGGCCAGGCCCAGGUAGUGUCGAUAAGUACUUCCAACAAGAAUAUGAGGAAAGAAUUGAAUUGCUCCCUCCAGAGUGUCAACCCUCCUAUUGCCCCCAACCGCAAGCUUGCCCUCAACCACAUUGCGAUUAUCGUUCCCAGCCACAACCUCAGCCCCAACACACAUGGGAAACCCAAGAAUACGCAAGUGCGCCGCAACCGGCUCCUGGGCCUUCUGGGGUACCCAAACGUGAGCCAUACCCCAGCCCGGCCGGCGACAGACCUAUUCAGCUAGCCGAAUAUAACCCGUCCACGAGCAAAGGUCACGAGAUACUUUCCCAAGUGUAUCAGCAGAGUGCUCAACCUCUUCGAUUGGUCGCGGUUAAGCCCCGGAAAUAUCCAAACCGCCCUAGCAAAACACCCGUACACGAAAGGCCUUACGCGUGUCCUGUUGAAGGGUGUGAUCGGAGAUUUUCAAGAUCAGACGAGCUGACUAGACACAUCAGGAUACACACGGGGCAAAAACCGUUCCAGUGUCGAAUCUGCAUGCGCUCUUUCAGCCGCUCCGAUCAUUUGACGACGCACGUGAGGACUCACACUGGUGAAAAACCUUUUGCUUGCGAUAUAUGUGGCCGAAAAUUUGCUCGGUCAGAUGAGAAGAAGCGACACGCCAAGGUGCACUUGAAACAACGAUUGAAGCGGGAGCGGGGCGGUGGUGGUCCGACGCAUCAGCACGAGCCGCACUCUCACGCGCAGCUC